GAGUCAGCCAACAGCGAGCAUGAAAUUUUGGAGAGAGUGCUUGACGUUAACAUUAUGAAACGCCGCAUGGCUGAAGCACUACCAUGGUACCACGGACCUAUCUCUAGCGAGGAAGCGAUAAGAAUCUGUACAACCGUUGGUAAAAAUGGCGCGUAUCUUCUUCGUGAUAGUCAAAGAGAACAAGAUACAUAUACAUUGUCUGUGCUAUACGAAAGUGAUGUGUACCAUUACAGAAUAAGGAAAACCGCGGAAAAUAACCUGCACUUAAAGGUAAUGAAGAAAGAUUUUUCCUCGUGGAACGAACUAAUAAAAUUUUGCAAAACAAAACAAGAUGCACAAAAGUUUCCACAGCCGCUUGUGAAACCAAUUGAGAAAUCGAUAGUCGAUGUUUGGGAUAGGGAUAAUAAUAACUGGAGAGAUUCUAUUCAAACCGAAAAAAGAAAAAAGAAAGGGAACAGCGGGGUGCCAACAUCCAAAUCGAAAGGGAAUAAAAAGAUGACGUCACCUGGUAAAAUAACAGAAUUCUUUCGCAGGCCAAAUAAAAUCUUUUCUAAUAAAGAAAAGAUGGAGGCGUGUGAACAGGUAGACCGUAAAAGCGAAAAAGAUAACGAGUCCAACGAUGAAGAAUGGGACGAUACGUCAUCUGAAAGUGAAAGUGAAAGGGUUGCGGAAGAUUCAAGUUAUCAAGCCAUUUCGGUCAACUGUAGGGAAAAAUUUAUUGCAACGGCUGACAGCACCGGACAAGAGAACGAAAUGGAAUAUAAGAAAGGUGAUGAAAUGAUAUUAGAAGGGGUCCGUACUGACGGCUGGUGGUAUUGUUUAAACAAAGCAACCGAGAAGCGUGGCUGGGUUUACGAAGCAUCUCUUAAGAAAUGCUAACCCAGUAGUGCAGUUCAAUCUUGAAAGAGUAUAUCGGACGUACCAAUAAUUAUUUUGUGAAACCAGUGUACCAUAUAGUGGCUGGAACAGGUCGUAAUUCGUGAAACUGCUACAAGUCAGUCAAUGUCACCCCCUUGUCCUACCUUUAUAAAUGCCUUUAUUCCAGGAAGAAUAUGCAAGGAACUUAUCAUUCAACAGGCAAUUCUCCAACGUAAUUAUUUAUAUUCCAUUCAUUAUUCUUUUCUGCUAGAAUUGGGGUUGUAAGUACAGAUUUCCCUAAAAUAUGCCAAAUCAAUAUUAACACACACCCCAAAAAAUGACACAAUAGAAAUUAUCUUAUAUUAAUUGUUAUUAUCAUUCACUUUAUAGUAUUUUCAAUUUUGAUUGGUUAAUUUACCUGCAGUUAACUGCGUGCAAAUAAUACUCAGCUGCAAAUAAUACUCUGAGCAUGCGCAUUAAUGUCAAUUUUAUAAACAAUGGCGACUCGCUUUGCCGAACUGUUCGAUAAAACGAACUCAAAAUUGAAAAUUGUGUGGUGAAUGAAUUGAAAAUUAAGUGGUGAAUGAUAAAACAAUUAUUGAAC